GAUUCCGAAUUAUGUAUAUCUCUCGGUCUGAGCCUCCAAUACUUGAGAGUCUCCGUAGUCUGUUGGUUAGCUGCAAUGUGUCAUCAUCUAUACGCUACAGUGGCAUCCGUGCCGUGUCGCGAUGACCCACCGACUUAUCUCAAGUACAGUGUAUUUGCAUGGGGAGCACCGCUGAUAACGCUAGUAGGAGCUGUCUACAUCCAGAGCAAGGAGAGCAGUGAUCUGUGGAACAUCAAGGAUUUAACGCCAUUCAACUGCUGGUUUCUCGGCUCUCGAGCGACAGUCUACACUUACGGUCUACCGAUUGUUCUACUUCUACUUAUCUCGGGUUAUUAUCUUCUCAAAGCGGCCAUUGUUGCACGAUAUACAUGCAGUAUGCAAUUGGACGUGAAGCAACGAGAUAAAAUGAAAAGGCGACGGGCUCUACAAUUGAUGCUAUUUCUCAAGAUUUGCCUAACGGUGGGUCUCAUUGCGGGCUGUGGAAUAGCAUCCAGAGUGUGGAGAGUGCCCGUACUCUGGGCUAUUUUCUGCACCGGACAUUCACUACAGGGGCUUGCUGUUGCACUGUCAGUGGCAUGUAACUGUCGUGUCCUGAAUGUCUACGCUAGGAAACCAAAGCAAUCUAAACAACAGAUCGCUAAAUCGACCAGCAUGCAACUACUGGCACCGCAUCCAGAUCCGGUUUAAUAGGUACAAAUGAGUCAAACUUUUUUCUAUAUUCUAUCCAAAUUGGAAAGCCAAAGAAACAAAAAUCAAAAAUUGAAAGGAAAAAACGAAAGAAUCGAGAAUCAAAACAAACAGCAAAUAUUUUUUAUAUAGACUUGAUGGUUUCAACCAUUUAUUGUAAUUAACGAUUGAAUAAUUUAUCAUCUACAAUUGAAGGAUGAAAUUUCCAUUUGCAAACAAUAUUUUAAUCAAUAAAUUAAUCAAUUACUAAUGCUGUAGUGAAUGGAGAUAUAUUCAAUGAUGAGAUGAAAACAACAUUAAGACAAUGUCCUCAACUCUGCGAAAAUGAUCUCAGUUUUAUCAUUUUGCACACUUGGCUGUAAAUAAAUUGACUCUGCGUAGUUUUACAUAUCAAAAUGGGAUAAAUUAAAUAACCAACUGUUGUUGAUUUACGUUAAUUGUAAUGACGAAGGUGGGUUUGAAGCGUCACAAAUUCAUCCAAUACCCAAAAGGAUAUAAACGGUAUUAGCGUCGACAGCAACAGACAGCAUAUACACACGGGCUCUUGAUUCUAAACCCAGUCGAGUAAUACCAAUUUGCAUAUCCAACAUCUGCCCUCUGACCUUACGCAUAAUUAUACUAUUCCAAUCAAACUUGAUGGCGACACAUUUAGGUGUCUUCAUCACUGAACAUUGUAUGAAGAAAAUUUAAUGUAUUCAUGACAUUAAAACUAUUUUGAAACCAA